AUGGUGUAUCGUAAAGGGAUGUUUGAACAGCGACGACGAGCCAUGUUGUUUCCGAAUCUAUCCAAUGAUAAUACAACCCUCCAGAACCGAACGACGCUCGAAGCCUUGUAUGCUCUACGACGGAUAUUCCAACAACCCCUCAUGUCGGCCAUGCAAAAACACAAUCUCCUGCUGCGACGUCGCAUCGAUCGUUAUAAAGCUGCCCUAGAGGUCUUUCAAAACGCGACACUGCUACUGGAGGCCGAUCCACUCCAUCCAGACAACUUUAUAGAACCAACUCCUGACAACCGAUUGCAGGUGAUUCCUCAAGUGAAAUACCUUGGUAUACUGGUCGAUGCCGGACGACACUAUUUCCCCAUUCCCUGGCUGGAACGAUUGAUCCAAUAUCUCUACCGUCUUCGCUUCAACAUGAUCCACUUUCGACUCACCGACGACCAAUCCUUCAAUCUACAAUUGAAAUCCUACCCGCAAUUGACACUGCCAUCUCCGUCCGAAAAUACCACGUACACACCCGAACAAUUGCGGCAUUUGGUACGGUUUGCGCGGCGAUACAAUAUCACCAUGUUCCCGGAAGUGAAUUUGCCAGGACACGCCGGUGCUUGGAGUGGCAUUCCAGGAAUGGUCCUUCACUGUCCCGAGUUUGCCUGUCGAUUGGGAUAUGGGAUUCCGUUGAAUGUCAACUAUACCGGCCUGCAUCAGGUCGUGAAAGCGGUCCUUGCAGAAGUCAUUGAGGUAUUUGACAAUCCACCCUUUUUGCACCUGGGUGGUGAUGAAGUGCACAAAUCGCACGGAUGCUUUGAAGAACUGGGGUUGGAGCCCUUUCACUACGAUCACUUUGAGCAUCAAUUGGACAAGAUACUGGAGGAGAUUGGAUAUCCGCCAGAACAAGUCAUUCGAUGGGAAGUCACAGGACCCAACGCAUCCACACCACACUAUCGAGCCGGAGGGAUCCAACAAAAUUGGUAUUAUCUUCCCGGGGAGGUGCUGAACCACAGUCACAGUCGCACCUAUUUCAACUCGUGGCGGCUCUACAUGGACGCCAAUGAUCACGACGGAGCCGCGCAAAUAUUUGCCCACACGGUCAACAAUUUUCAGCAGCACUUGGAUGGAACGGAUCACAUACCGGAUGCCAUAAUCCCAGCCGCCUUUGAACUCGACAUGGACUUUUGGAGGCAGCGAAAUGUGGCGGCUCGAUUGCUCGCCGUGGCAUUGGGGACCGCCCAUUUGAACAUCACCAAUGCGCAGUUUGGACAGGGGGAAACUGCUUUUCAGUUCUACGAUGAUGCGUGCAUCGACCUGAACUUGCAUCCCGUCAUUUGUGACUUGCAGGGGUUCAACGCUGUCCCAAAUGAGAUCUACAAAACGAAUUGGAAGGGAGUUUGGCAACAAUGGAUCAAUGGUACUUGCGACCGUAUGCAGGCAAUUGAUGCACAAUCCAGCUCCAACAACUGGCUACCCGUGUAG